GGCCAAUGGAGAUCGAACGAACCGGCGGCCAUGGCCACCCCGCCGCGGUGGACGAGGACGACGACGUGUCUCCGGUGGAGCAGGUCCGGCUGACGGUGCCGGUGACCGACGACCCGACGCUUCCGCUAUGGACGUUCCGGAUGUGGACCAUCGGCUUCGUCUCCUGCGCGCUCCUCUCCUUCUUCAACCAGUUCUUCGCCUACCGCACCGAGCCCAUCAUCAUCAGCCAGAUCACGAUCCAGGUGGCGGCGUUGCCGAUAGGGCACUUCAUGGCGCGAGUGCUGCCGGAGAGGAAGUUGAGGGUGUUCGGGCACGAGUGCUCGCUGAAUCCGGGGCCCUUCAACGUGAAGGAGCACGUGCUGAUAUCCAUCUUCGCCAACGCCGGCGCCGCCUUCGGCAGCGGCAGCGCUUACGCCGUCGGCAUCGUCAACAUCGUCAAGGCCUUCUACAAGCGCAACAUCUCAUUCUUCACCAGCCUGCUCCUCAUCAUCACCACCCAGGUGUUGGGAUACGGAUGGGCAGGGUUGCUGAGGAAGUACGUGGUGGAACCGGCGCACAUGUGGUGGCCGCAGAGUCUAGUGCAGGUUUCCCUCAUGAGAGCGAUGCAUGAGAAGGAGAAUCGACGGAUGACGCGGGGCAAGUUCUUCCUGAUCGCGCUCAUCUGCAGCUUCGCGUGGUACACGGUCCCGGGGUACCUGUUCCCGACGCUGACGGCUAUCUCGUGGGUGUGCUGGGUGUUCCCGAGCUCGAUCACGAUGCAGCAGAUCGGGUCCGGCAUGAACGGGCUCGGCGUCGGCGCCGUCACCCUCGACUGGUCCAUGGUGGCCUCCUUCCUCAGCAGCCCGCUCGUGUCGCCCUUCUUCGCCACCGCCAACGUCUUCGCCGGCUACGUGCUCUUCGUCUACAUCAUGCUGCCCGUCUCCUACUGGGUGCUCAACCUCUAUAACGCCAGCACCUACCCUCUCUUCUCCAACGACCUCUUCACGGGGUCGGGCCAGCUCUACAACAUCUCCGCCAUCGUCAACGACAGGUUCGCCAUCGACUUGGACGCCUACGGGAAGCAAGGGAAGAUCCACCUCAGCCUCUUCUUCGCCGUCAGCUACGGACUCGGCUUCGCCACCAUCGCCGCCACCUUGUCCCACGUCGUCCUCUUCUAUGGAAAGGAGAUGUACCAGAGGUUCCGGGAGUCGUACAAGGGCAAGACGGACGUGCACACGAGGCUGAUGAGGAAGUACGAGGACAUUCCAAACUGGUGGUUCUACCUCCUGCUCACGGUGUCCAUGGUGUUGUCGAUGGUGCUCUGCACCGUGUUCAAGGAGGAGGUCCAGCUGCCGUGGUGGGGCCUCCUCUUGGCCUGUGUCGUGGCCUUCGUCUUCACGCUCCCCAUCAGUGUCAUCACCGCAACCACAAACACGACUCCAGGGUUGAAUAUCAUCACAGAGUACUGCUUGGGGCUGAUCAUGCCGGGGAAGCCGAUUGCCAACGUGUGCUUCAAGGUCUACGGCUACAUGAGCAUGAACCAGGCCGUCUCCUUCCUUACCGACUUCAAGCUCGGCCACUACAUGAAGAUUCCCCCAAAAUCCAUGUUCCUAGUUCAGUUCAUCGGGACGCUCAUCGCGUCGACGGUGAACAUGAUAGUGGCGUGGUGGCUGCUGACGACGGUGCCGCACAUCUGCGAGAAGGACAUGCUCCCGGAGGGCAGCCCGUGGACGUGCCCGGGCGACCACGUCUUCUUCGACGCGUCGGUGAUCUGGGGCCUCGUCGGCCCGCGCCGCAUCUUCGGGCCCCUGGGCUACUACAACGCGCUCAACUGGUUCUUCCUCGUCGGGCUAUUCGGCCCCGUGGUGGUGUGGCUGGCGGCGAGGGCGGUGCCCCGGCACGCCGGCUGGAUCAGCCUCGUCAACAUGCCCGUGAUCCUGGGCGCCACGGCCAACAUGCCGCCCGCGUCGGCGCUCAACUACACGUCGUGGUGCCUCGUCGGCACCGUGUUCAACUUCUUCGUGUUCCGGUACCGCAAGGGGUGGUGGAAGCGGUACAACUACGUGCUUUCCGCGGCCAUGGACGCCGGGGUGGCCAUCAUGGGGGUGCUCAUCUUCUUCGCACUCACCAGCUCCGGGAGGCAGCUCGACUGGUGGGGUUCCAGGGGCGAGCACUGCGACCUCGCCGCCUGCCCCACCGCCAAGGGCGUCGUGGUGGACGGCUGCCCCGUCCUCUGAUAAUAUAAUCCAUUCGACACGCUAGCAAGAUUUUUAGCUGCUCUUUGUCAAUUAAUUGGAGAUCCAUUUAUUAGAGC